UUGACUAGUCUAACCAAUUAAGAAAACAAAAUAAGACUAAAGAGCUAAAGCCUUUUGCAUAUCAACUAUGAUUCUCUAGGACAUUCUCAAACAAAUCUGCAAUUUCAAAAGCAAAUGCAUUCAAACCAAACAUCUAUGUUGCUCCUACUUUAGCUCCACCAAUACCUCCUUUCACCAAUAUCAAAACAAAAACACAACACAUUGGUCCCACUACCGCUCAAUCAAAAGCUUCUUUUCCUCUUUACUUUCUUUUAAUCCACUUGUUAAUUUAUUUAAAGACACUACCAUCUUCAUCUUUCAUAUUCCAUCUCUCUAUACUAUUACUUCAUUGGUUUUUCAUCAAAACACUUUCAACAAACAUGCUUGCUCUCCCACCUCCACCUCCACCCCAAAAGCAAACAAUUCCAGUAUCUCUCGAUCAAAUUGUUAUAUCAAAACAAAACGAGAAUCAACCAAACCAAUCAAAACAAGCUGAGAAUAAACAAAUCCCGUCAAAACAAGCCGAGUAUCAACAAAACCGAGCACCAAAUACGCAAAAAUCAGUCAUCAGAAAAUCAAGAAACCCAUCAACACUACUGGAACCUCGGCCUCGCCGGACCAACCCAAUUAUAUGGUGUAGUGCAAUUCUGUGUCUCAUAUUUUGCCUUAUUCUCAUCUUCUUUGGAGUAGCAACUUUGAUCACCUUCCUUGUCAUUAAACCACGAUACCCGUUAUUUGACAUACCUAAUGCAAACCUCAACGCUAUCUACUUCGACUCACCAGAGUAUUUCAAUGGUGACUUUACUUUCCUCGCAAAUUUCUCUAACCCAAAUCGGAAAAUUAAUGUAAGAUUUGAGUAUUUGAGUGUAGAGCUUUACUUUUCUGACAGGCUAAUAGCUACUCAAGCUAUAGAGCCUUUUACUCAAAGAAGAGGGGAGAAGAGGUUGGAAGCAGUUCACUUCAUAUCCAGCUUGGUUUUUUUGCCCCAGAAUCUUGCUGUGGAACUUCAAAAGCAGGUACAGAGCAACAAGGUCAGUUAUAAUGUAAGAGGAACUUACAAAGUGAAAGCCACGCUAGGUUUGAUUCGAAUUUCUUACUGGUUGCAUAGCAGAUGUCAAUUACAGAUGACUGGUCCACCAACUGGUGUUCUAGUUGCUCGAAGCUGCAGAACAACAAGGUGAGGAUGCAGAACAAAAUUUCUGCUUGGAUUUGAUCUAAAAUGGCAAAUUUGGUGUACAAAGCACAGUUUCAUAAGCUUUUAUCAUGUAUACAACAGAUAUUCUACUCAGCAUGCAAUGAAAUUCUUUUGGUUGUAACCCCAAAGGGUGUUUUUGGAGUACUAAAACUACAAGAACGAUGUGAUUUUCAUUUUAUGCAGAGUUAUGCCUUGAACUCAAAG